AUGCAUACAGGAGAUGAAUUUAAUUACGAUGAAGGAUCAGGUAAGGGGCCCUCGAGGUGGGGUUCACUCAAACCGGAGUGGCAAACUUGCUCUACUGGAAACUUGCAGUCUCCUAUAGAUAUUCCUGUUGGAAGCGUUCUGCUUUCUCCUGCUUUGGGUGAUUUGCAAACUAGCUACGCAUCAAGCCCAGCUGUUUUAAAGAAUAGGGGGCAUGACAUUGCGGUAUUGUGGAAUGGAGAUGCUGGAAAAGUUAACAUAAACGGGACUGAUUAUAAGAUACUUCAAUGUCAUUGGCAUUCUCCCUCGGAGCACACAUUCGAUGGAACUAGGCAUGACUUGGAGAUUCACAUAGUUCAUCAGAACGCAAACAAUCAGAUUGCUGUUGUUUCAAUGGUUUUCCAAUUUGGGCAACCUGAUCCCUUCCUGUCUGCGCUGUUGUCCUCCAUAAAAACUGUUGGAGGGGGAGAGAAAGAACUGGGGAAUGUUAAUCCAGGCGAUAUUGGAUUUGUUGGUAGACAGUAUUUUCGAUACACUGGUUCGCUUUCCACUCCUCCAUGUACUGAGGGUGUUAUUUGGACAGUCUUCCAGCAGGUGAAGACUGCCUCAACCGAGCAAGUGCAGGCAUUGAAAGAUGCCCUCACUGAGCAAUUUAAGGAAAACUCAAGGCCAACUCAACCACUGGGUGGAAGACUAGUUUCGUUCUAUGAACCAGGGGAGACUGAUGCUUGACCUUAGCUCUAUCAAAAAUCAAAGGGAAACAUAUUUGCUUUAUCUCUCUUAUUCUAUUGUAACUAUUGUUGAUUGAUUUAAAUUCCUGAGUUAGAACGAAAACAUCAAUAAAUAAAUCAUACCUAUCGUUGUUGGUGGUCAUUGAUGGAAAACCAGAGCUAGUUGCCAUUGGUAAUAUCUCUUCUAUGGAAUCUGCAUAACAAAAAAUUUGGUUUGC